GUACAGCAUGCUCGUUGCCUGUCGACUGGCGUGCUUAUCUUAUCGUUAAUAGCAAACGCAAACACCCAAACCCCGCGUGGACUAACCCAAAAUAGAAGCUUGUUGGAGAAGUGACGGUGGAUUCAUGAUGCCUUCGUCCGCUUCCAACCGCAUCAACACUUAUUACUCCCUCUGAACUACCUGGCAUAGCGUCUAUCGUCUUUAUCCUCUCCCAGUGGCAGUCGAGAGCAGUGCAGCUUGAUACACAUCCUUGAAUAAAAUUGUUGAUCACGCCACGCCAAGACCCGACCCCACCAUAUUGUCCUCUAGCCAUCGUGGCUGAGAACAACAGAUUGGGAACAAAAUAUACACACGAUCAGCUCAAUCCACCACCAUCACCAUGUCACAAGAGGAUUACUUCGAUCUUGGGAGCUACCACCGCCCCGUCACCACCACCUCCUCCACCAGCCAAGCAUGGUUCAACCGGGGUCUCAUCUGGAUGUACGCCUUCAACCACGAAGAAUCCGCCCGGUGCUUCGAGAGAGCCAUUGCCUCCGACGAGACCUGCGCCAUGGCCUACUGGGGCCUGGCCUAUGCCAUCGGCGCCAACUACAACAAGCCCUGGAGCUACUUCGACGAGGUAGAACUAGCCACCGUCGUCCGACGCGGACACGCCGCCGCGAAGACAGCCGAAUCCCACGCUCCCCACGUAUCCGCCGUCGAAGCCGCACUGAUCAAGGCAAUCCAAUCACGAUACCCUGAAGAGAUCCCCACCAAGCCGUUUUCCGCAUGGAACGAGGACUUCGCCCGAGCCAUGGAGGCAGUAUACCGCGCAUUCCCCGAUGAUCUCGACGUCAUCAGCGCCUACGCGGACGCGCUCAUGAACCUGCACCCGUGGGACCUGUGGGACCUGCGAACCGGCGCACCCAGCGAGGGAGCACCCACCCUCCAGAUCAAAGCCCUGCUCGACCGCGCCUUAGCCCUGCCCACUGCCCUGCAACACCCGGGGCUUCUCCACCUCUACAUCCACCUGAUGGAGAUGUCCCCUGCGCCCGAAUCCGCCCUGCCCAUCGCCGACCACCUGCGCGGCCUGGUCCCCGACGGCGGACACCUGCACCACAUGCCCACGCACCUGGACCUCCUCUGCGGCCACUACACCCGGGCCAUCACCUGGAACAGCGCAGCCAUCGCCGCCGACGAGCGGUACCACCAACACGCGGGCGCCGUGAACUUCUACACCCUGUACCGCUCGCACAACUACCACUUCCGCAUCUACGCCGCCAUGUUCGCGGGCCAGUCCGCGAUCGCCCUCGCCACGGCGUCCCAACUCGAGACCUCCAUCCCCGAAUCCCUCCUGCAGAUCCAAUCCCCGCCAAUGGCCGACUGGCUCGAGGCCUUCCUCUCCGUGCGGGUGCACGUGCUCAUCCGCUUCGGCAAAUGGGCCGACAUCCUCGCCCUGGCCCUCCCGCCCAACCCAGCCCUGUACACCAUGACCACAGCCAUCACGCACUACGCGAAGGGCAUCGCCCACGCCGCGAGGGGGGACACCAGUGCCUCCCGCGCGGAGCGCACGCGCUUCCACGCCGCCGUCGCCCGCGUCCAGCCGUCGCGCGCCCUCUUCAACAACAAAUGCACCGACAUCCUCGCCGUCGCCGCCGCCAUGCUCGACGGCGAGCUCGCCUACCGCGAGGGCGACUUCGACGCGGCCUUCUCUGCCCUCCGCACCGCCAUCCAGCUCGAAGAUAAUCUCCCGUACGAUGAACCGUGGGGCUGGAUGCAGCCGACGCGCCACGCGUACGGGGCGCUGCUGAUGGAGCAAGGGCGCCUGGAGGAGGCACUGGCGGUGUACGAGGCGGAUCUGGGGAUGUCGGAUGCAUUGCCGCGGGCGUUAAGGCAUCCCGGGAAUGUGUGGGCGUUGCAUGGGGUGCAUGAGUGUUUGGUCCGGUUGGGGAGGGCAGAGGAGGCCAGGCGGGUGGAGGGGAAGGUGCGCGAGGCUGUGGCCGAGGCGGAUGUGCCGGUGCGGGCGUCCUGUUUUUGUCGGUUGGAGGUGGGGGUGGACGAGGGGGGGAAAGCAAAAGUAAAGGGGUGUGGUGGGUGUACAUAG